AUGGUUGGGAACUCUGGCAGCGACGGCACGUACCCGGCCCUUUCGUCAUUCACCAAGGCCACGCGGGGCAGGGGGAGACUCCGCGACGCCCUGCCCCCCGCGCUGCAGGACGUCGCCGGGGGCGGCGAAGGCUCCCGGCCUUUGCGCUUCGGGCUCCAGUGCUUGCACGCGGAGGGCGUUGACGCGGUCUUCGGCAGCGGCGCCCGGCCGGCCGUGCUGGCGCAGGCGGUGAGGCGCGGAGUCUCCUCCGCCCUGGGCUGGACCCCGGACGACGGCGACUCCGAGGUUCAGCUGGCCUGCUUUGUCGGCACGGCCUACGUGGCGUUCGGGGUCGAGGUCGACGUCGAGGCCGCAGUCAACGGCUUCCCGCGAGCGGGCCGCUUCCCGUGGAGGACUCCCUCGGUGCCCGACCUCGGCAUGCAGGCGCACCUGGCGGGGGCGAUGGCCGCGCUGGCUCUGGAGGAGGCGACGGCGAGAGGCCGAGGCGGCGAAGGCGAGGCGCCCUGCGUCGUCGUGGACCCCAGCUGCGGCUCUGGGGCGCUGCUGCUGGCGGCGGCCAGGGCCUGGCCUGGCGCGCCCCCGCGCCUCGUCGGCCGCGACCACGGCGCGGAGGGCGUGCAGCGGUGCCGGGCAGCUCUCUCCGAGCUGCGCCUCGACGCCUCGGGCGUGCGGUGCCCCGCCGUCGGGGGCGGCUGGCGCGUCGAGGAGCUCCCGGAGGACGGCGAGGCCGACGUCCUCCUGAGCCGCUUGCCGAGCAGGGGGCGGAGCCGCAGGGGGCCCAGCAUCACCGAGCAGGCCUACGAGGAGAUCCUCGAGGAGGCCGCGCGGGUGUUGCGGCCCAGGGGCCGGUGCGUGCUCAUAGCCGAGAGGGCGAACUGGCUGAGGAACGCCGCGUCGAAGGGCCCCUGGAAGCAGCUGGCGAAAUGGCAAGUCGGCGGCGGCGAGUCGACCCUGCUGCUGGUGCUGGAGCGGCGAGGGCUCGAGGCCCCGGCAGCGGAGGCCGCCGGCGAGGCGGCGGUGGCGCUCGCCGCGCCAGGCCUUCCCGCCGCGCCAGCGGCAGCCGACGGCCUUGCGAGGCGACGGCAGCCCGCGAAGCGUUCGGACGACAUCAAGGCACGGAACCGCAACAGCGGGGACAGUGUCCUGAUCGUGCGGUGGAUCAACAGCAAGGAGGACGCGGAGCAUAAGGCGGGCGGGUGCCAGCGGCCCUGCUGGCUAGUGGAUCAAGUGACGGAGACAGUGAUGCUUCACAGGGUUGUGAGGCUGGAAGACGCGGUGACCGCAGACAAGCAUGAGACCUCGGAUUGGCAGAGCGGUGGCUGCUCCCUCGCCGCGGGCGUCGACCCCCCCACCCACUGGACGCGCGCGCACAGAAGAGAUCCGCCAAUGCCGUUCGGCAGCAGGGGCAGCAGGGAGCCGAAGGGCGACGUCCAGGCCCCGAAGUCCAAGGACCUGCCGGACCAGCACGGCAGGCUGGAAUCCGUGGGCUCGGCCACGCCCAGCAGGGGCUCGAUGUUUCAGUCCAUGUUCGGCGGAGGCACGCGCCCAAGCGCAUCCGUGCCCAGCGGGCACGACGCCCAGGCCUCGGGCCUGGCGGACGCGGAGGUGGGCGAGCCGCAGGAGGCGCCCCGCCAGCCCGACGGGGCGGCGCCCUCGGCGGCGGGCCCGCCGUUAAGACCCCGCUGGUCCAUAUUCGGCGGCCGCGGCUCCCCGGGCAAGCAGGGCCCCGAGGAUGGGGGGGCUCCCUCGCGCGGGGGCGGCGCGGCGAGCUCCUCUGCCGCGGGGCCGACGGGCGAGCGGCACACCGCGGCGGAGGGACCCACCGUCGCGGAGCGCGCCACCGGCGAGGCGCGCCCGCGAGACCUCCCCGGGCUGACGGGGCGCAGGGGCGACAACGCGGCGGGGCUCACGGGCCCGCUGUCGGAGGUGAAGGGCUCGGUGGACCCGGACGUGCUCGCCCUGCGCCUGGGCGUCCGCCCCGACGCCGCCGCGGACGCCGCCGCCUGGCGCAUCCUGCGGCCGCUGCUCCUGCGGCCACUGCCGUUCCCGUGGCAGGUGCGGCCGCUGCCGGCGGGCGGCAGGGGCUUCCACCACGCGGGCACCGGCGAGACGCUGGAGCACCACCCCUUGCUCCCGUUCUUCGAGGAUCUCCUGGCCUUCCUGCGCAGCCGGCCCGAGGAGCCAGUCGCGGAGGCGUUGAAGGCGCAGGUGUCGUUGUUGACGAGCGGGAAGGCCUUGCGGCGCCGCUUCGGCAUGUGGGACGGCCCCUUCGACGGGUCCCCCAGCGCCCAGGGUACGUUCCGCCAGCGGGGCGGCAAUGGGGUGCGGCAGACAGACCCGAGCUUGGAGGCCGCAGCGGACGUGGCAGCUCGCAUGGCCGGCUGGCACCACCUGUGGCAGCACCUGGCGCCGCAGGAGCCCUUCCCCGUGCCCGAGAGCGCCAUCGCCGAGUUGUCGCUGAACCUUGGGCACGGCGCCGUCUUCCCCGUCGAGGCGGACGACGAGGCCGCGGAGGCCCUGGCGGGGCCCGACGAGGCAGAGGCAGGCGGCGAGGCCGUCGAGGCGGACGGCGACGCGGGGGCCCCGAUGAGGCCCGACGGGGCCGAAGCGGGCGGUGAGGAGACCCCGCUGGCCGCGGAUCCUCCGCUCAAGAGGAGCCCGAGGGCAGCGCGCAUGCGCACGGCGAUGCUCGACUCCGAUGGCGACGACGACGACCGCAAUCCGCAGCGCCCCGACGACGAGUGCCACGCUGACGGCGACGGCGAAGACGACGAGGACGAGGACUACGAGGAUGACUUCGAGCCGCAGACGAGGGCUGCUACGGAACAGCACGCGGACGACGAGCAGAAGCCCGAGGACGACGAGCUCCAGGACCACGAGCUCCCGGACGAUGAGCUCCCGGACGACGAGUCGGAGUCCGAGGUCCACGCUGCGGCCGCGGCCGCGCCGCAGAGCAGCGCGCCCCCCGCGUCCGCCGCAGGACAGCAACAGGUGCAGGCACACUGGCUGCAACAACAGCAGCCUGCCCCGACGCCAGCACCAGCGGCUGCGGAGCAGCCAGAAGCUGCGGAGCCUUGCGCGCAAGACGCGGCCCACGCGCCCCCGCGGAGGUCGGCGACGGCCGCGGCGGGACAGGAGCCCGCCGCUGCGGAGCGGGAGCCCUCGGCGGAGCCACCGGCGGAGCCACUGGCGCAGAGGGCGCAAGCGGCCGCGGAGUUGGGGCAGGGCGCGCCGGAGGAGGCCCCAGCCACCGCGGAGCCGCAGGGCGCGCCCCCAGCAAAGGCCGAGACGCCCGGGCUGGAGCACAGCUUCCUGCCCAAGGAGAGCACGGCGGAGUGGGCGGCCCGCGCGCUCCGCCCGCUCACGCCCCAGCGGAGAGCGCCGCCGGAGCCCGCGGUGGCCCCCAGCCAGCGGGCCCCUGGUCUCGACAGGGAGCGCCCGCGCCGCGGAAUCGACAGGGCGAUCUGGGGCGGCGCCCCCGCGGCGGCUCCGGCGGCCGCGGAAGCCGGAGCAGCCGCGGGGGUUGGCGCGACGGGCGCGGGCCAGGCGUGGGCCGACCCGGAGGAGCCACCCGCCGCCGAGGAGGGCGCCGCGCGGCUGCCGCGCGAGGAGGGCGCAGAGCCGCCCGCCGAGGGGGGCGAGCGGGCGCCCGCCGAGGAGGCGGAGCCGGGGGCGCCCGCGGCCGACGAGCGGGCGCCCGCCUCGCCCGCCAGCGAGUUGCAGGGCGGCGGGGUGGCGGCCGCCGCGGCCGAGGCGCCCGCCGCGGGGCACCGCGCGGAGGUCUCGGCGUUCGCCGCCGCCCUGCGGGAGUCCGACGGCCUCUUCAGCAGGCUGGCGGCCAAGCAGGGCGGCUUGGCAGCCCGGCUGGAGUUGCCGGCGCACGCCGUGGCGGACAGUCAGGUCGGGGCGCCCACGGCCGGGAUACGCGAGUACGACAUCGCAGUGGAGGGCGGCUGCGCGCGCCCCCCCACGCCUGUCGAUCAGUACGGGCUGCCGUGUCGGACGGUGGAGGUUCCGUACCUCGCGGGAGCCGCGCCGCCGCCUGCAACGGGCACGGUGCGGCCUGUCAACGUGCGGCGGCGUUCGGCGUCGCCCCCGAGAAGGCCUGCGGCCCUGCCAGGCCUCCUGGGGCGCCGCAGCAGCCCUCGGCCCGACAGCGCCUCCCCGCGCGCACGCCGCUGGCCCGACGACUUGCUCCCCGUGCGCGCGCCGACGGUUGCGGAGAUGGGCGCGAAGGCGGUCAAGGCCUUCUUGAGCAGGGCGUGCGGCACUAUGGAGAUGGCCAUGUCCACCUUCGAUCCCAGCGGCGACGGCUUCUUCGACUACGGCGAGUUCGAGGCGGGGCUGAAGUUUCUUGGCUACGAGUCCAAGACGGACACUCGGGAUAUCUUUAACGUGCUCGACAGGCGGCAGCACCACGUUCUGACCCUGUCCGACCUGAUCAACAACUUCAAGGGCCGGCCUGUGUAUGAUGGAGUUCCUCAGCCGAUAUUGCCUGCCAUCGGCGCUGGCAUCUUGCAGGAGGUCCUGGACGCCGAAUUCGGCAGCAUCAUCCAGGAGGUGCUGGCCGACGCGGCCAGGGCGGAGCUGCUGGCGCCGAAGGGCCCGGCCAGAGAGCUCCCGAAUGUGGACGCCAUGUUGACGAGGCUCGGCCACAAGCAGCAGCAAGACCGGCGCUGCUCCUCCCUCACCGCAUCGAUGGUGCCCGCCUCGAUGGUGGCGUCCGCCGCGGCGGAGGUGCUGUUGCAGGAGCCGGCCGCGGAAGUCGCCGAGAUUCCGCCGCGCCUCCUGGUGCAUUCCGCCGAGCAGCAGCUGCUGGGCGCAGCGCCGACCGCUGCUGGCGGCUUGCCGGACCAGGCAGCAGAUCCGCUGGAGGCCCUCGGUUCCGAGGGCGCCGCGCCCUCGCCCGAGCCGGGCAGCAGCGCCGGAAGCGGCGGGUCCGACGAGGAGGGAUUCAGCGAGACGAGCGAGAGCGACGGCGACGGCUCCAUAGCCGACUUGGGCUACGGGGCCACGACGCCCAGGGGGUCCACCUCCACGCACAGGACCAGCGGGUGCAGCGGGCUCGGGCGAUCUUACAAGCGGAUCAGCGACGAGGACGAGGGAAAAACGUCGAAGGAGUCAGUGGCCGCGGUCCCGUCCAAGCUCUCCCGCCGGGAUCGGUCGAAGAACAGGACGGCAAUGACGGUGGCGCAAGGGACGGACGAGGAGGAGGACGAGCGGGACGCGCCGGCCGAGCCUGAGCAGCCGACAGCGGCGGCGGUGGACCCGGACCAGCAGCGGUCCGCUUCGGCGCCGGCCGUGGGCUGCGCGCCCGACGCGGCCAACUUGGAGUCGGCGGGCUCGAAGUCGAAGGACAGCAGUGAGAGGAGCAAGAGGAUGUUCCGCAGGCAGGCGACCCGGGGCACCGAGUUCAUGCCUUCGGACACCCUGCCCGAGGUGACCGAGGCGAUGAGGCAGUACAACACGAUGGGCAGCGCGGACGCGCCGAACUAUGGCCGCCGCGGCUCGGGCAUCCUGCUGAACGGGAUGGAGGACGUGGAGGGCGACGCGGCCGCGGGGCGCGCGGUGCUGCCGCCGCCCCCCGCACCCGCGGGCCAAGCUGCGCAGCAGGCCGCGCCGCACGAGGACGCGCCGCGGCGCUCUGGAAGCACGCGCCCCGCGGGCGCACGCCGCGCGGGCAGCCAGAGCGCGGGCCAGCGGGGCUCCUGCGGCCCCGAGGGCCAGGACUCGACGGACUCCGCUGGCGUGGCGUCCGUCACGGCGUACCCCGGGCGCCUCACGCGCGUGCGCAGCAUCAUGCAGCACGAGCGCGAGACCACGACCGUGGCGCGGCGCACGCUCGCGAGGCCCGAGGAGCCGGAGGUCGGCCCCGCGGGCCCGCCGCAGGACAGCGGUCGGGUCCGGUCCCCGCCAGGCCGUAGGCGCGCCGGCAGGCACCACAGGAACAAGUUCUCCGGCUUCGGCUUCGCGGACAGGGAGAGGACGCGGCCGACCCUCUGCAGCAGUCGGCGUCGCUGGCGGUCUCCGAAGCGCCCAGGCCCAGGCUGA